CACUUUAAGAGCAUUCGGAUUUUGCUGGAAUAUUGUCAGCAACAUAGCAUUUUAGACGACAUCGAGUCGCUGCUUUACACCAUGCUGGCAAUUUUUGAAUACAUCAGUUUUUGGAAAACCAGAAUGCCACAGUCACAAAUUCGAGCCGGUAUUCCAGAACUUCCAGCAACGUCAAAGGUUGGUGGCAUGACAGACAUCGCAACCUAUCCCGAACACUUUGGCAUUUGUAGUACUAUUCCGUCAAAGGUGCGAACAUUUCUGGAUUCGCUUCGCAGGCUUCUUUUCAGCAAGAACAACUAUUUUAUCGGCAGGUUUCUGUUGAGCAGCAGUUGGGAAGUGCGUAAAGCAAGCGACAAUCAGAUAAUGUUUCUUUAUGGCACUGCGGACGACAAUGAGGGCGACAAUAAGAACAACGAUGAGGACGACGGCAGCGAGGAUCACAAGAGUGGCGAUAAUAAUUGUACCAAUGCAAAGCCCGCCGCCGCGCCUGUUGAACCAGCAGCUCAUAUUGCAACCACAGCAACAGACAUCACAAAGCCCACUGCUUGUGCAAACCCGGUAGCGACUGCCGGGUCGACGAGUGCAUUUCCGAUAGAACAGCCGUCAACCCCAACCUCCUCUUGUGAAUCAUCGCCAACACAUUCUUCCGAGCGAUCGUCAUCACCAGUUUCGACGAUAAAGGUGAUUAAAUUAUUUAACAAGUACAUUGUCAACGGAGCAUCCAAGCACAAACGCCAGCCAAACGAGGAUGGUACUUUGGAUACAGAGCUCAGAGUGCAGAAGCUGCGCAAUUUGUGA